GACGUGCACGACAAGAGGAGGCGCGUAGACAUAGAUUCCAGGCCUCUGCCGUACUCCUAAGCGGACGGGGGUGCGGGCAAAUCCUCGCCAGGCCUCGCCUGAUAGUAGGGCUUGGCGCUGUGGAAAGUGGAGCUAAAAUUGGAGAGGUUGAAAUCAAGUUUGGGGGCGAAACGUGAGGCGGGGCAGGGGCGCCAAUGAGGGUCUCGGCCAAACUCGCACAGACUUCUGCAGCGCCCGCUACCUUCCCGCACGCUGGUGCUGCAGACGCCCCGGCCCCAGCUGGCACGCCACCGCCCACCUACUUCCCCAAGGAGGAGAGCGACCUGGCGACGGAGUACAUCUGGAGGCUUAUAUUUACAGACGCCAAGAAGCUGCAGCUGCGGCCCAAGGGGCGGCCAUGGGCUACAGUCAACUACUACGCCGCCGUCAGCCCCCGGUACGGCGGCCUGCACAUCCAGUUCGUCAGCGGCACCAAGGGCCCGGGCUACACGGCACCACGCGUCUACAUGCCAUAGCACAUGAUAAUCGGCAGCCAGUGCCGCAGCAUCCUUCGCACGGUCUUUGAUUCUUUGACUUGAGCCAGUCACUCCGAGCGCAAGGCAUUCAUUGGUGGAGUAGUGGACCGUUCAUCCGGCCGCUUCCAGCAGUCGCUUGAGUUCUUGGUGUUGUUGAGAUUUUUCUUCCCGCUUGUCCAAAUGGCGGACGUCAGAGCUGUAACCGAUUUCAAGGAAAAAAAAAUAAUAAUAAUUAUCCCAACGCUGGCCCAUAGGGCCUAGCAUGUAUUAACGGGGCAACGCCUUCGCUGAUCAUCUCUCAACCCAGUUCGAGAGAAGGCGGGAAGUCACCACGACCACCUUAUCAUUUGCCGGUCCUGCCCACCGGUGGGAGCGGGGUGGAUUAAGCCCCUGGUGUCCUAUCCAUGUUCAGCUCGGAUGAUCUACCCUCACGGCUAUCGGUACCUGAGAUCGGGGGAUCAGGUAAUGCCGACUGUCGGGCAACAUCUCAACUGAAACUCUGGAUCGCUCCAGAGUCCGGCCCCUUUGCCGGCACUUCACGACCGCUCUCUUAUCUGACGUUAGCCACGUAUGACAAGGACACGACUGAAGAGCCGUGCGGUCCCUGCGGAGUGCCUGUGCGUGAUUUGAAUACGCAUGGAGGUUUCCCCUGUACCGACUUUGGGGAGGAUCGAACUCGGGUCUGAACCGACGUUACACACCAACUUAUCGCUAAGCAACCUCUGCCGUGGUCGAUACCAAUUUCAAGGAUAUAGAUGGGCAGCCGUGCUUUGUUCAGGGGCGGGCGGUACCCUUCUCUAUGUGUUUCAUGGGCGGGCAGGUUUCGGAUGAACAGAAUGUCAGGUCGGAGCCUUGUAAUAAAGGGUGAUGAUGUCCUCUCCGCAGCCAGCCAGGCGGGGGGGCGUUGUGCUGACGCAUAGUGUGGCAGGUAAGCUAGAGGGCCCGCGUCCAUGACCAUGUAUGAACCCGUUCCCGUAGGUCCCUUUGGAGAUGCAUUUGGCGACACGCUGGACUGCCCAGUUGUGCCGAUUGAUGUACGCGCCUUUCAUUUUAGGGUGUGUGCAGCCUCCGAGGAUGUGCCCUCCGGAGUCAGGGGUGUGGCAGAGGGGGCAGUUGCCGUUCCCUCCCAGGCGGUAGCGCCGUUUAAGCUGUGCGUUGAAGAGGUAGCCGUAGCGGGCGUAGAGUAUUUGUUUGACCAGCCAGGGGUGCCUGGUGGAGCUGGCGAGGGUGCGUGCGGUUGCUGAGGGUGGGGCACAUGUUGGCAGGUGCUUCCGCCCAUUGCUCCAGCACUGGUGUAUUAUUGGUAAAGCCUUGUUGUGCUUCGGGGGGCAACGAGUUCAGGACUCCACGGUUUAGGUCACUUAGGUAGAAAUUGUCAGAGUUGCGUUUGGGCCACCAGAUGUUGGACCACGGUUCGUCUGGUGCUAAGCAACGCGGCGUGUGUGGUCAGCUGCAUACGACACGCGGAAUAUAAUGCUUAGCCAAACCUCUGUACCAACCCUUGUAAGCUCGUCGCUAGGAAAUAUGUGGAAAAUGGUUGCUCGGCGAAAGGUGGAGCGAAAGACCGCAGGUAUCCGUGUUCUGCUAUGCUUUGCACUCUGCAUGCUGACAACCAACGCAACCACGGCUGGGAAAGGGGCUGGACCUGCCGCGGCCGAACGCUGGUUUGACUGGGGACCGCCCCGGCGAGCCAGUGCUUUCGUGCACUUAGGCAACCAGCGAACUCCCCACGACCAUAUGUGGUUUGCAUAUCCGUCUCGAACGGAUGUAAACGAGCUCUCUC